AGGCUGUGCUCUGAGGGCUCUCGGAUUUAAAUAAGAUUCUGGGCUCCAUUUAAGCCAACCUGUUGCCCUAGAGCGAGAGUCAGCAGAAACUGCCAAGAGUUGGAGCCAGAGAAGGAUACCGAGGUCAGGCUGAGUGUGGAAGUCGGAGGCCCAGCAACCAAGGAGAUUGACAAGAUGCUAGCUAUCUUGGGACUGUUCACGUCUUUCCUCUCGAUCUUGUACCUGACAGCUCCAUCCAUCAGGAAGUUCUUUGCUGGUGGAGUUUGUACAACGAGUGUGCAGAUUCCUGGGAAGGUAGUGGUUAUCACAGGUGCCAACACAGGCAUUGGCAAGGAGACGGCCAGAGAGCUUGCUCGAAGAGGAGCACGAGUGUACAUUGCCUGUCGAGAUGUGCUGAAGGGAGAGUCUGCUGCUAGUGAAAUCCGAGCAGAUACCAAGAAUUCCCAGGUGCUGGUGCGGAAACUGGACCUAUCUGACACCAAAUCCAUCCGAGACUUUGCUGAGGGCUUCCUGGCAGAGGAAAAGAGGCUCCACAUUUUGAUCAACAAUGCAGGAGUGAUGAUGUGUCCAUAUUCUAAGACAACAGACGGCUUUGAAACCCACUUGGGAGUCAACCACCUGGGCCAUUUUCUUCUUACAUACCUGCUUUUGGGGAGGCUGAAGGAGUCCGCACCUGCACGGGUGGUAAACCUAUCCUCAGUGGCCCACCUUGGUGGCAAGAUCCGUUUCCAUGACCUCCAAGGGGAGAAACGAUACUGCCGUGGUUUUGCCUAUUGCCACAGCAAGCUGGCCAAUGUGCUUUUCACUCGAGAGCUGGCCAAGCGGCUCCAAGGAACGGGGGUCACUGCCUAUGUGGUACACCCAGGUAUCGUCAUGUCUGAGAUCGUCCGGCACUCCUUCCUGCUAUGUUUGCUGUGGAGGCUUUUCUCACCCUUCUUCAAGUCCACCCGGCAGGGAGCUCAGACCAGUCUGCACUGUGCUCUGGCGGAGGGCCUGGAGCCCCUGAGUGGCAAGUACUUCAGUGACUGCAAGAGGACCUGGGUGUCCCCAAGAGCCCGGAGUAAGAAAACAGCUGAGCGUCUGUGGAAUGUCAGUUGUGAGCUUCUAGGAAUCCAGUGGGAAUAGUUGGCUGGAAGAACAUAGCCUUUUCGAGCCCAAACCAUGCCGUAAUGAAAGAGGACCAAAGACAAGGUCAACCGGAAAGGAUUAUCUCCUGGCCUGCUGUUGUGACUCCUGCCUACUCAGAACCUUCUAGAACCCUUUAUACACAUGAUGUUCUUGUGAGGCAGGGCCAUAGUGCAGAGUGAUAUUCACACCUAUAGACCAUUCCCCUCAAAGACUUAGAGAACCCACAACUCUCUGGGGUAAGAGGUCUGCAUAGAUUCCAGGCUGGACAUGGGAGUGGGCAAGGAACCUAGGAAAUUGGGUCAGUUUCCUCAUCAGCACCGUGAACACCCACUUCCGUGGUCACGGGAGCACCAGCAUCGCACAUUUCUAUGAACGACAGCCUCAAAGUCUAGAGUGGCCUCUUUUCUCUUUGAAAUGAAACGCUAAGUCACUGAUGUCUUGGCCAACUCGGGAAGAAGUAGCUCACUUUGGCCAAACAUCACGUUUUCCUUUGAGCACCCUGGCGCCAUUGCAUGAAGCUGGGCCUGCCCAUUUUCCACCACUGUAGAUUUUUCCUCUCUAAACCAUUCUUUUUACCUCAGUUUUUAGAGAAAUAAAGAUUUGUGUUCA